AUGGAAGAACGUCGUAUUUCUAUUACUCAACCUGUAGAACAGUGGGAUUGGCCACUAAAUCGCGGUGGUGGUAUUGUUCAAGUGAUUAAUACUGACGACAAGUUUGAAGUUACACUUGAGGCUGUCGCUUUCACGCCAAAGGAGAUUGAAGUAAAAGUUAUAGCAAACCAACUCACAGUUCAUUGCCUUCAUGAACCUGAAAAUGAAAAAGUUUGCGAUAUCAGACGCGAAGUGAAUCGCACUUAUAACUUGCCACCUGAUAUUGAUACCAAAAGCAUCAAGUCAAAUUUGACACCCAGAGGUCACUUGGUUGUGACUGCAAAUAAAAUUAAAUAA